AAACAAUAGAAAAUAUUUACUAUAAGCAGCAUAAGCAGAAAGAAUGCCAAUGUUAGCAGUUUCAUUUUACUUUCUUAGUGUUCUUGCCUUGUAGGCUGUCAUUUCCUCUUAACCGCACCCUUUAGCAUAGAGAAUACACUCCCUUUGUGCUGCUCCUCUGCAUUCAUUUUGCCUUGAAUUUCCCCAGGUGAAAGUUAAUCUAACACCAAGUCACAGAUCAUGUUCAAUUGAUAAAAAGCUAAUUUUUGGAUUGGCAUAAACACAGCUUUUGCCUUGCACAAUGGAACCACCUCCUAAGAAAGCCAGACCAUCCAAAGUCCUGAUUCGCCUGUGUGAUGCCUUCACUCGCACUGAUGGAAACAUUAUUUGCCCUCUCAUCAAAGCAGAAAUCUCCAUCCGUGUUCUCUAUAAACUGCAGGAAAAGGUUUUAUAUAAAGCUGUUCAGGAAGCUGGCACUGGGAUUGGACUCACUGAUCCAACCUUUCUGUGGAAAUCAGCAGCUACUGGCAGGGAGAUGGAUGGCAAUUUAUUUGUUAAAUAUUCCACUUCUCACAGUUUUGAUGACAAUAACCUAAAGAAAUACCGGGAAACACUGGCACAGAAAUUAACAGAGGUCUCAAAAGUAAAGCUCAUUUUGAUUGAUUACGUUAAAGACACAGAAGAGAUGAUUCCACAGCCGAUAAUCUCAGAAACCAGUUUUGAACUCCACAAGCUUAAACUGUGCUAUGAAGGCCUUGUGGAAAUCUCCAAAGGGUUUGACAAAGAACCUGAUCUUAUCGUAGCUGCUGACACCAUCAAAUCCAAUUCAGAUGAUUUAAAGGGACAAUAUACAAAGUUUGCAGUUCUGUCUCACAAUGGAAAAGGGAAGAGUUUCAUCCUUAACCUGCUCUUACUCCUAACAGCAGAUAAUGAAGAAGAAUAUAGGGAAAAUAAUCAGAAUUUAAAGCUGCCACAGAAUAUUAUGGAAAACAUAACAGUGGAAGAGUUAGAAGAAGAUGAAGAUCUGCCAGAUGUGGUAAAAGAUGUUAUAAAAACAACACUGAACAAGAAACAACCUGCUAGAUCUGUAAUAGAACCUUUGUGCUAUAAGCUCCCACAGAGCAUCCUAAAAUCAAACGAUUCAUUUUCAAAUUUGGGCGACUAUUUUUCUAGAAGAAGCAGAAUAGACAUAGAACCCUUCAUCCUUGCUCAGAAAGAGAUUGAGGGAAGCUAUGAAUCUACUACAAAAUGCAUUAUUCAUUUGAGAUACGGUACAGUUUACCAAAUGAGCGUAAAUUACUUUUCAGAAGAAGAAAUUCAACAACAACUAUUUGGUUUGGUGACUUUGAAUGGAGAUGGCUCUUCAAGUCAGAUGGAUGAAUCAAUUGAACAUAUAAAAGAGAGAGCUCUAGAAUGCUUAAAGGCUAGGUUUCAAAUUCUAAGUGAUCAUGGGAUUGCCAGUGAUUUAAAGGAAAUAAAAGGCAAAUUUCAGUCUUCAAAAGAUAUUGUUCUUUCUAAAGACGUCCAACAGUUUGCUGGAAAAACAGAAUUAUAUAUAGGAGAUGGGAAAGAGGCCCAACGUGACCGACUUGCUAUUCAGAUUAUUCUAAGGCAACUAACAACUUCCCAGGAGGAGGACCAGGACAAAGCAGAAGAAUACAAAAAGAGAAUCGCUGCUGUGAAGGAAAUAGUCAUUUAUCUGCCCAGCAAAAUAUUGUAUGGUGGCAAAGAAAUUCUGGAAAUGCCAGGAACGGAUGAUUCAGACCCAGUGGCAAUGAAUUUUAUACAAACUGCUUUGUAUGAGGUGGAUGCAGUCAUUCUUGUAAGUGAUUUUGCUUUCAAGAUAAUUGAAAAAGAAGUGAAAGACGUGUUUGUCAGCAGUUAUUUUGCAAAAUACUGGAAACAAAAUCCCAGCAAUUAUAAACUCAUGCUCCUCGCAUAUCCAGAAAAGAACCAAAAGUGGCAAUUUGGAAAAGAUGACUCAAAAACUAUUAAGAAAGUGGAAGAAGAAGAAAAGAAGAAAAGAAAUGUAGAGUUGAAUUCGAUCAGCAAAAUGUUGAAGAUGGACACUUUACCAGAUGAAUUGAAGACCAGCAUUAUUACAUCCUACAUAUUACCCGUAUUGCACACAUCUAUUCUUGCACAGCCUACAGCACAGGGAGAAGAAUACACAAUAUUUCAAAAGUAUGAAACUUUUUUGAAGUACACUGGAAUUAGCAAGCUCAUAACUAUAACUGAUGAAUUUGUGUCAUCAAGGCAAAAUGUAACCACUGAAGAGGUAAAAUCACAGCUCUCACAUUUACAUAAGGAGAUCAAUUCAGAAAACAAUACAGAUGCGGCAAGAUCAGUACUGCACAUGCUAUACAGAAGGGAAUCUAAAAAUAUUGUGGAGUCUGAAAUUAAUAAAAAUAUUGACAAACUGUUGAUUUGCUUUGAUAAGAGCAUAAAAGAGAUGCUUUGUGAGAUUGUAGAAACUGAGGUGGAUGUUGUCUUAAAAGAAAAUAUCGAACAGGCAAAGAAAAACUGGAGAAGCCAUAAGGACAGAAUUCAGUCAGUUGGGGUUUUCAGUCCUCACUUUAAUGGUAGACAUCCUGUGUACAAGGUGCUACUACAUAAUAUUUUCUUUGAUGGCUUAGAAGAAAAAAAAGGACACAUCUUCCAGGAAAUUAAAUUAAGAAUUGAGGGUUUACUCAAAAAAUACAAGAGAAAAAUCCUGCAACAGUGUAUGGAAGACCUAAACAAGCUGCUAUCGGACAACCAGGAUCAAUUCACUUUGCAAUUUGUCAAAAAUACCAUCGAACAGCAACUGGAUGAUGCACUGGCAUGGUAUUUAGGGAAGAAAAGACGCCCUUUCAAUGAGAAAACAAUGAAAAAAUAUUUUGAAGAGAGUCAAAAUCACAGUUUUAAAAAAUAUAUUCUAGUACCAAAUUUCAGCCACAACAGACCUUUAGAAAUUGCAAAACAAAAAACUGAAGAAAAUAUUGAAAAUUGUAUAAUGGAUAUAAAAGAAUGUUUUUUACUCAAACUAUCUGCUCUGCAUAAGGAGAGAUUGAAAAGCCUUUAUGGGAAACUUAUGACACCUAAAGGAACUUCUAAGAUGUGGCAGAGGCUGGUGCAACAAAUGAAACUGAUUUCCAAAAUCAGAGACCAUCGCCAGGACACAGACAUUCUUGAUGCUUUAAUUCAUAUGAUGUCGGUAAACUUUCGGGAAUCCUAGUGGUCAUGGAGAUCGUCACAGCCAAGAAGAAACGGCCAGAAAGAUGGAAAUGGAAAAUAGCAUUUUUAACUGUUUAGACUUUGUUAGUAUUGUGUUUUUGUUUGUGGUUUAUCGAGUGACAAUCUUACUUUUCAGAUUGAUACUAUGUUAUUAUGUCAUGGGUGUCUUUAAUUUCAAUGUAUGCUCUCAGCUUUAUGGGUAAAUUGUCCGUGCCAUCCCUGGGCCUUUUGCUCACAGACAGGCAGCACCCCCAGCCCCUCUGGGAGUUCCUCACACAGACAGGCAGC